UGCUGGCCCCUGCCGCGGGCGCUGGCGUGUCGCAGCGUGACUCCGUGCGUGUAACGGGUGCUGUCGGUGACACGGUGCCUUGUGUGGGCGAGAAGCUGCAGGGUGGGGGUGCCACCCCCCUCCCGGCCCCCAUUGGCAGCUCUCCUCUCGCCCACCCAUGACGUGCCAUGGGCAGAGCCCCCUAUUUAUCCCCGCACCGCAGCCAGCACCCCGGUUCUUCACCUCCUGGCUGAACCCACCCGAAGCGGCUCCCGCUCCGCAGCCGCCAGCACCGAGGGUCGCUCAGCCCCCGGCUCUGCACCGGGAGACACCCGAGGGGUCAGCAGGCCCCCCCAUCGACGAUGAGGAGCCGCCCGGUGCUGACGGCGCUGCUCGUCCUGGCGCUGCCGCUUGCCCUCGCCCGCCGCCCCCCCGCCGCCGCUCCGCCGGGCCCCGCACAGCAGGGGAUGCCCGUCCCGGAGCCGGUGCCCCGGAGAGCCCGCGGCAGCCUCGGGGCCGUCUACGCCGCCCUGCUGCAGUUGCUGCGGGAGGAGGACGCCGGUCCCCCCGCGCCCGCGGCUCUGCAGAAGCGUAAGUCCCGCCCGGUCCCGGUGCCGGUCCCGGCGCCGCAGCCGGGCCCCGCGGCGCUGACGGCGGGUCUCUCCGCAGGGGACAUGCACGACGUCUUCGUGGGGCUCAUGGGGAAGCGGGCGGCGGAGCCCGGGCGGCCGGCGGGGCGGGAGAGCGGCGGCCCGUCCCCACGGUGCUCCCCGGCGUGACCGCGGGCCGAGCCGGGGUGGGGGGGAUCCUAGACGGGGCCGUGCCCUGUGUCCCGGGGCGAGGCACCGGCAGCGGCUGCGGGGGUGUCCCGGUGUCCCGGUCGCGCCGCCGCUCACGGAGCCGUCGUGGGACCCGCUGGGGCCGCGCUCGCAGCGGGGCCGAUCCACGCACCCGUGUACAAACAUACCCAGUGUACGGACCCCGCAUACAAACACCCGUGCCCGUG